CAGGGAAAAAAAAAUCUAAAAAUAAAAAAGAAUAUGGAGCUGAAAAAUGUAAAAGAGAUAAACCCCAUAACAGAAACAUAAACCCCAAACUAUUCUUCUUCUUCUUCUUCUUCCCUCAAAAUGGUUCUUCUCCAUUGCCAUCAGAGUGUGGCCACACUCACACUCUCACCCAUUUCAUUCUUCUCUUCCAAUUCCAAACCAUUCUCCGUUUCUCUUCGCAACAACAACAACAACCCUACCUUUUCAACAAGAACCAAUUCCCCUUUCUCACUCUCCACCAUGCCAAGAAAAUUGCUCUGCAACCCUCCCAAGGGUAAAUACGUCAGAGAAGAUUACCUCGUGAAAAAGUUGUCAGCAGAGGAAAUUCAAGAGCUUGUGAAGGGAGAAAGAAAUGUGCCUCUUAUUAUUGAUUUUUAUGCAACAUGGUGUGGACCCUGCAUCUUAAUGGCUCAAGAACUUGAAAUGCUUGCAGUUGAGUACGAGAAGAAUGCGAUGAUUGUGAAGGUUGAUACAGAUGAUGAAUAUGAAUUUGCACGUGACAUGCAGGUCCGAGGGCUCCCGACUGUGUUCUUCAUUAGUCCGGAUCCGAACAAGGAUGCGAUCCGAACCGAAGGCCUGGUCCCGAUACAGAUGAUGAGGGACAUCAUUGACAACGAAAUGUGAGACAUUAGAUGGUGCUGAUUCGCCAUAAAGAAAGUGGGGUUGCAAUAUCCUGUCUGGUGUAACGGUAACCUCUCCACAACACAAUUUGAAGAGCUAACCAAUUCAUAUGAUUUUUUAGCAUUUGAAUGUCAUAAAUUGUAUGAUAAAUUUGUGUAAGCCUUGAGCUCGACAUGUUCUUUUAGUGUCACAUGGGAUGUGCAAAUACAUGAAAACAUUGUAACACAAUCUUGUAUGUGCACUCCAUUCCUAUCAAAUAUAAAAUCAUGCAAUUAUUUCCAACUAAUUCGAGCCCAUGUAUUUCU